CACUCCCCAUGUAAAUUGUGAAGGUUGUGUUUAGCUGUCAGUUUCGCGUGGACUGCUAAAAUUCACUUUCUCUAUCAGAAUCGUUUGUGGACAUUUAAGUGCAGAUGUGGGUGUUUAACUUUGAGAAGUUUUCGGUGUGAUAGUGCGCGAGAUGUUUAUCAUCACAGAAAUGUGCUGACGUAUGGGCUCAGCAGUUUGGCAAUAACAUGUCGUCCACUGAGGCUCCUCGGGAGUUCCAAGCUAAAGAGCGCAAAUGCAGAAACCAGCUGAAGAAGCGACUGGCAAAUGCUCUGUCAAGAGAUCUGAACCGGCUGCUGCAGGAGGAGCAGGAGACUGACGUCACUCUGUGUGUGGGUACUGCUUUUCGGCUGAAGGCCCACAGGGCGGUGCUGCUGGCCCGAGCUCCUCACCUCCUGCAGGGAACCGAAGCAACUACACCUGUCAUCCACCUGCAGGGGAUUGAACCUGCAGCCCUCAAGGACUUUAUACAAAAGGUGUACACAGAAGACAAGUGCCUGGUGAAGGAGAAUAGCACCUUAAAUAUACACAACGGCCACUCGCUGGUAGUGAACGGCACUGCUGUAGACGGCCAUGAUGUUGACUCUCAGGUCAGCUCUGACCCAGGUUUAGAGCAUUUAGGGCCAGCAUUAGGGCUUGGGGCAGAUCUUUUGGCUCUGUAUCAGAGGGCUGAUAUGUCUGACAUCAGCAUCCAGGUGGCAGAUAGAGUCUUUUCAGCACACAGGGCCAUUCUGUGUGCACGCUCAGAGUAUUUCAGGGCGAUGUUGUGUGGCAGCUGGAUGGAGAGUUUGUGUCAGUGUAUCACUCUGCAGGGUCUUGGUCCAGAUGAAAUGGAAAUUCUGCUUCAUUUCAUGUACGGUGCCAUCCUAGACUUCCCACCAGGAACAAAUGUCAGUCAGGUUGUGUUAGCAGCAGACAUGCUGGGCCUGGAGGGGCUGAAAGAUGUGGCCGAGAUGGUUCUGACUCGGGACUAUUGCCGCUUUUUCCCCAAGCCCAUUGAUGGAGUUCAGAGAUCUAUACUGGAGUGCCUCGCCAUUACCCACUCUAUAGGCCUGCAGGAUCUCUACUGCUCCUGUGUGAGAUGGGUAGCUGAGCACUUUGUGAAGUGCUGGUCAGAAAGAAAUUUUGCCCUCCUCCCUCCAGAGCUACAGAGAGAUUGCCUUAAUAAUGUCACCAAAAACAUGACGGUGCAGAGUGUAGUAUCUGUGCUGUGUGGCAGCGAGCAGCUGAUUGGCAGCCUGCCGGAGGUGAAAUGGGCCAAGCAGGUGCUGAGUCUGGCUAGUGAACUGCAAGAACAGUGUCUGCAGAUGACUGUCACACACCUGCCCCAGGUCACACACACUGCUGCCUUCCACGAUCUCCGAAGGAGAGAGGAGUUCACAUGUGACCCCACUCUCCUGAGGAAGGUGUGCGUAGCCGUGCGGGAGGGCGUUACUGUGGAGAACUGCUGUGACCUGUUCACUGCUGUGAACCGGCUGAGCGGUGACCCGAAUGAGGUAGAUGUUAUCACAGAAGACCAAGCCAAUCAGGAGCCAUUCAGGCGUGAGCUGUGUUCGCUGCGCACGAAGCUCUGGACCUUCCUGCUUCAGUCCUUCUUUGCAGUGCGGCACACACAAGGAUGGGACGCACUGCAACCCAGAUAUCGAGAAAAAAUACUCGCAGCUGCUCUUGAUAAAGGAGACUGUAGACGGCUUGGAAAAAAACCUGUGCUCACCAGCUCUCAGAAACCUACAAAAUGCCUCUCGGGCACUUCAUCUCCAUGUGAUAGCCCUACUCAUCCUCUUAUUAAGGUAUCACAGGGUCCACGUGCUUCCCCUGCAAGAUCUGUAGCUGCUGCAUCAGGCACCAUGAAGUCUGAUGCUCUAGGGCCAACAGCUCACACGGCUCCUUCUGGCAAAACAAAAGCUAGUAACAACGCCUCACUCAGAAGUAAAAAUGAUAAGGUUAAGCCAACUCAAACGCCAGCUAAAACCAAGACUACGUCUACUGUUAAACCAGUGCUGAAUGGCACUGGUGGUGGUGCUCAACGGGAGAAUUCCACUGCUUCAGGUGCCCGUGGUUCACCCACAGGGAAGACGGUGAUGGACACGAAGCCAAACCCAGGAGCAAGGCCAAAGUCUUCCCCUGCUGGGUCUGAUCUCUCGGCAGGCCAGACUAGAGGAGGAAAAGUGCAGAAGAACACAAUGUCAGGGAAAGAUCUGCCUCAGGAAUCAGCCAGCAAUGCUCAGAAUACUCCAUCUAACUCUGGCAGCACUUCACCAGACAACAGCGCUCGGAGUCCUCGCAAGAAUGGCCACAGUACACCAACAGGUCUCAGGUCAAAACUUCAAGCCAAGGCAACAACAAAAUCUCCUCUGACCAAACCUGCUCAAACACCAGACACUGACAAGACUAGCAGCCCCACUAAUAAAUCAACCAAGACUAAACCUACCACAACCAGUCGUGCAGUACCUGGAGUUCCUGCAUCCCGCUCAGAUCCAAAGAGCAAAAGCACCGUGUCAGAGAACCUUGCUUCAUCCAGACCUGGUUCAGCCCUUAGCUCUAGAAAGCCUGCUUCCCCAAGAAAAGAGGUAGAGAAAGAUACAUCUAAACCUGCAACUACAAAGAAGACCACAAAGGCCAUCCCUGAGUCAAGGCCCAGUGUCAAAGCUUCCACGUCUUCCUCUAGGCAGUCGCCUUCUGCCCCAAACAAAACAGGACCUAAACAGAAGACUCCAGAAACACUUCCAACAAAAUCAUCUCUAAAGUCCUCAGGGGCCGUCAAAACUCCUGCUGGCUCUAAAAAGCCAGGCACUGCUGUGAAAGAUUCAGUAUCCAGCCCUAAACAUUCAGACUUUAAAAAGGUCACUCAGCAGUUGAAUCCAGAUUCUACCGAAGGUAAGACAAGAAGCAAGGAACUGGUCACAUCUUGUCUGGAGAGUUCCAAAGUUCCUUCUUCCCUGGAGCAGCAUUCACUAGUCAGCCCAGCUGUACUAGACCAGCAAGAAACGGUUCCUGAGGGUAUAUCAGCAACUUCCGCUAAGGUUCAAGAUAUGGAGAAAAGCAGUGAUCUAGUGAGUAAAUUAAGAAGCAAAGAAGUGACGACUCAGUCAGUAACUCCGGACAUGCAUACAUGUACUUCUGGGCAGAGUGAGAUAAGCCUAAGUAAACUGGCCACAGGCCAUGCCAUUCCACCCCAUGUCACUGGACCAGAACAAGUCCUCAAUUCCAUGAACUCCUCAAAGGACUCAGACCUCCCUCCUGAUACACCUUGCAGUCUAGGGAGCAUUGAGACACCCCUAGAGGACUCAUGGAAUGGGCUUCAUCCCCAAGUUAGCCCAGAGUCAGAGACUGGCAGUGCCACUACUUCUUCUGAUGACAUAAAGCCACGGUCAGAGGAUUAUGAUGCUGGUGGCUCGCAAGAUGACGACUGCUGUUCCCAUGAGCAUGGCGCUUCAAAGUGUGGGACUAUGCGUUGCCCUGACUUCCUGGGUCGCAGCAGCAGUGACACCAGCACACCUGAGGAGCUCAAGAUGUACGAGAGUGGGGCUGGACUACGUGUGGAGGUACGGCUCAGAGGACGAGAGGCAGAAACUACAAGUGAAGAAGAGGUAGGGCGUCAGAGGCCACGUUCUUGGAUUAGAAAGGAUGAGGUGCCAGUGGAGGAGGAACCUUGUGAAAUGGAUACUACAUUAAAAAACUUUAAGGGCAUGCAGGACCACCAACUUUUCUCCUCUGAAGAAGAAGAGGAAGAGGAAGAGGAAGAAGAGGAGGAGACUGAAGAUGAAAGAUCAGAAGUUGAGGUGUUACCGAGGGGAAUGGCUCCCCCAAUUGCCGAGCCACCUCCACAGUUUCAAGGUAUUGUCAACCUUGCAUUUGAAGAUCCUGCAGAACAAGAGAAUGAGCAACCAGAGUACCAGUCAGCUUCUAACUUCCGUCGCUCUGUUUUACUCUCGGUGGAUGAGUGCGAGGAACUUGGAUGUGAAGAAGGAGGUGCCCAGACUCCGACACACCAGUCAAGUGAUUCCUUUGCACAUGGUGAUGUCUUCGAUGGUGAACCUCACAAUUCUCAGACAGACUACCGCUCCCAGCAGUCCACAAGCACAGUGAGGGCCAACCAUAUCUCCAACCACCAGGAAAAUGAACAGGAGCCCAAACCUGCAGUAUUCCUGACAGAGGUCCAGGGAUCUCCACAGGAGGAUUGUGCAUAUAAUCAAUCAGAUGCCCCUGUGCAAGACAAAGACACCAGAGACAUUCCUGCUCAGGAGCGCCCUAGUCACCUGGACCUCCGGCUGGUGGAACAGUAUGACAAUCUCCAGUCCAAACAUAUAGACAGCAGAAAAGCUGACUUGCGGCUAGACUUACCUGAGCCGCAGCUGACUGCGAGCUCACCCGCACACUCUCCAGCAGGGGACUUUGAUGGUUGUGACACAUUGGAUCAAACCUGCACACAUGACCGGCGGCCGUCUAAAGCCCUGUCCCCAAUUUACGAGAUGGACCUGGGAGAAGCCCUCGAACAAAGCAUGGAUGCUGACAGAAGCAAUGAUCCCCAACAGGAGGAGUCACGUCAGGAGGGUAAAGGAGUAGAGACAGAAGACGUUAAAGAGGAAGUGGACAGCGAAGACAGUAAGUUUGCAGAGAAAGACUGGAGUCUGCUUCGACAGCUACUGUCUGACCAAGAAUCUAAUCUGGGCAUCAUAAACUCAGUCCCAGAGGAUUUAAACCUUGCACAGUAUCUGAUCAAGCAGACGCUGUCCUUGUCUCGAGACUGUUUGAAUGAACAGGACUACUUGUAUCACGAAAAGGACACAUUUAAGCGCUGGGCCGAGCUUAUUUCUCCACUGGAGGACUCCACCACCAGCAUCACUGUGACCAGCUUCUCUCCCGAGGACGCUGCAUCUCCACAGGGCGAGUGGACCAUAGUGGAGUUGGAGACACAUCACUGAUGGCCUCCUGGACUGGAAUACAGCCAAUGUUUUGAUGGGACUCUUUGGAUUACUGCAUCCUGUCAGUGCUUAUUUAUUUUGGGGAGAAAGACUGAUCAGUUGAAGCUUAAGUUGACCGAAGUCACAUGUCAUUUUGUUCUCAUUGUACAGGUACUAUAUCAAGGACUGGAACAAUGACCUCUUUGCAGUUGUUUUGCAUGUGGGCAGUUUUCUAAGCUCUUGUUUACUUGAUGGGUGUUGCUUGAAUCUUUGUAGAAUACCAAAAAUGCAUUUUCUUGUUGCUCUUUUUGUCUCUGAAUGAUGACGCUUCUAAAACGUUUUGAACAGAGUGUAGAGAGUAAGUUGUUCUGGUUUACAUUCAUUGUUGUAUUUAAGACAAUAAAAGCUGUGUUGUUUGAAUUUUGCUGUUAUUGUAGGCACUUAGAAUGGAAUUACAGUAAAUUAGGCCGAGUUUUAGAGGAUUAAAAUGCAGAAAUGCAAAUCU